AUGGAUCACCACGCAUUGCCGAACGAAUUAUGGAUCCACAUCUUUGAUUUCGUCGAAACCCCGGGGGAUCUUGCUCGGCUCAUCCUUGCCUGUCGACGAUUCCGCGCCCUUGCUCACAGACCACUCUAUCGAACCAUUCAAUGGUUAGAGCCGUUCCAUACCGCCGCUAAUCUCCAAGAAUGGAUGUCGGCAUCCCUAACUGAUAUGACCGACGUCCCCCGUACGUUGAUAGUGUCUCACCACAACGGCUUUGCCGAGGAUGAUAUUGUGCAUCAGCACCAUACCACUGGUCAUCACUCAGCCGAGGAGGAGCCACCAUUUCUCUUUCAGGUCUUUCCGCAACCACCCCCAAACCACACUCUACUCCAUGCAUCGGUUGAGGACUUGCAUGAGCGAGCCCCUGGUGCUCACCCGUUCUGCGUAUCUAGCGUGCUCAUGGGCCCCCGUAUCUCUUCAUUUACCCAUCUGAACCAACUCACCUUCUUCGAUACCACCCUCCCUGAGUCCGUUUACCGCGCCAUAUUCAACUUGCCGAAUUUACGGCAUCUCUGCAUCGAGUAUUGCACCCUUCCCUCUCUCGCGUACACUGAUGAGGUUCUCGUUGCGUUCAGCAAUCUCCCAAUCGUUCAUUUAUCCCUACAAUGCUUCAGCUUUAUGUUUAACAGACAACAACCAAUGGAUUUCCUCACCCCGUACUUCCUGUGCACAGCAGCUUCCAUCCAAACGCUCAAGAUUGACUGGACGAGAAAGGCCGCUUCAUUUUUCUCCUAUUCUGACGCUCUGGGAGCCACCAAUUACGUGCUUGCACAGAACGUGAAGGACGUAGAGAUACGUCUCCCUCACGAACAUCUAUGGCCUAAGCAAGACAACAUUGCCCGCAGGCUCUACACCGACGCGCUCGCCAUCUUCCUUGGCAAUUCGCCCACUAUCGAAUCUCUUAGCUUUACUCACAAACUCCAUGCAUUCCACCUCCCUACCACAGCUUUGCCCAAUCUAACCUCGUUCUCCGGGCCGAUGAACGCCGCGGUGCUGCUGCUAAACAGACCGCUCCGUCGGCUCAACAUCACUGACGUCCUUCGCUACCACCAACCGUUCAUUACGUGCAUGGAGGUUAUCUCUACGAGGCAGCCUGAGCUGCAGAGCCUCGGGUUCCUCCUCCCAGCCUGGGAAGACGAAGUGCUGUAUGUCAUAUCCUCAAAAUUCGCCCAUUUGCGUGAGCUCGCCGUCAUGUACGUCGUUAAUAACCCCUCCGAGCAAACGCUGCUUAGCAUGUGCCACCACUUCCUGCACAAAUUUCCACUGCUCGAUACCGUGCGCGUGUUCAAGCCAGUUCUACUCCGAGAGAUCAACCAACACAUUGGGCAAACGAGGAACCUCGAUCGUGAGAUAUACACGAUUCACGACGAUAAUUUGGGGCCUGGAUCAGGGUCUGACGACGAUGUGAGGGAGUUCAUCUUGACUUGGAAAAGGGUAUGCCCGCUGCUGAAGGAAGUGCAGUAUGAACAUAAAAGCAUCUGGACAAGUUGCACUGACGGAUCUGGUUGGGUGAGGACACCUACGAAGCAUGUCUUGACGAAGGUAACUGAGGCUAUGGAACUUAAAUGGGGGAUGUCGUCGUAG